CAGAAGUGAAGAAGAUGACAGAUUCGAAUCAAAACCAUUCACAUAAAUCAAAAAAAGUCAAAAUUCAAAAUGCUCGUCAAAUCUUUACUCAAUCACCUUAUCAAUUAAUCAGAUCUUCUACUAUUCAUGCUCAAUCUAGUUUACCAGAGUUUUUAGAUGUAGAAAAAUUCAUCAAUUCAAGGUCUUUUGAGAUCAGUGCAAUGGAAAGAUCCAUGAAAUCAUCAAGAGAAUCAGGAUCACAAAGAGCAUUUCAAUCAUUACCAAGACAUUUAAGACGUAGAUCAGCAAGUCAUUUUUCAAGAAGAUUACCUACUAGAUUACGAAUGAAAUCUAAAUUUGAAAUGAUGAAUGAUAAACCGAAAUCGAAAUCUAGAUCGAUUAAAAAUAAAAUCAAACACAAGGUUUAUUUAAAGAUUAAUAAAACCAAGGUUUUUAGGAAUAGACAAAUUGAUAAGAAAUGGUUGAGUACUCAUCUUUGGCAUUCUAAACGGACUAAAAUGAUUGAUCUUUGGGGAUACAGAUUAGCAGAAACACCAACUGAAAAAUGUUAUAGAACAACUUAUAGAGCAUCAAGAUCUGGUUCAACCAUUCAUGAUUUAUCUUAUUUUUCUAAUUUAACUUUAGUUUCAGAUGAAGUAUCAUUAAUUCAACUUUUUCAUUCGAUUUCUGAUCCAUUUGGUUUGGAUCCUUCUUCAAUAAAAUAUAAACCAGGUCAUCGUGAAAUUAAUUUAGAUGUUUAUGAAUUUGAAAAGUAUCCGUAUGGAUAUAUAGGACCGAUUUCGAUGAUUUGGUGUCCGAUAUCCAAUCCUAUAGAUGAGAAUGAAGAAUUAUUACCACCACCAGCAGCACAAGAAGUUCCAAAGUUAAAUAAUCGAAGUCGAUUCAAAUCUAAAUCGAAUUUUCAAGAUCUUGAUGAAGAUAGGUUAUUCGAAUCGGAUCAUCCUAUCAUUUUACCUUCUGAUCCGAUGACGAUUAAUACUAUCAAUCCGAUCCCUAGUAUGGAUCUUUCUUCAAGUUUAGAAUCUCUUCAUCAUUCAAAAGAACACAUUUCGACUUCUCAAGACACAAAAGAUUCUAAUUUAUUAGAAAACCCAUGUAAUAGAACAAUACCUCCGAUCCAACGAAAAGUUUUAUUACAGAUUCAUCCAGCUAUUAAAGAUCAAGUGAUCGAAUGUAUUCAUCAAGCUAAUCGGAAUUCGAAAGUCGUUUUAGAGUGUCAAGAAGAUUUAGGUUGUUUAGAACUUUUCGGUCCUAGAUCUACUGAAGUUUUAGGUAGAGUUUUGGAAACUGAUGAAAAGGUUGAAGUUAUGAAACUUUUGAAGAAUGGGCUUCGACCGAAUUUGUUUCCUUUAGGUAUGGUGAUUGGACUUACGAUUGAUGAUCCUAGAGUUCAUUUUCCACCUAGAAAGAUGAAAGUGAUGGAAGAAAAAAAUGAAAUGAUACAUGAUUUAAAAGUCAUGGAACCUAGUGUGGAAAUUGCGAAAUGUUUGGGGUUUUGGAAUCAAGAGAUUCGAUUGAAGAAACCUAAAUUUAAAAAAUCACAUCUUGAUAAGCGAAGAGAAGAACAAAUGAUACCGGGUUCAAGAUUAAAACCAUUAAUAGAAGAUGAUCGAAUUCCUAUUUUAUUAAUCAAAGUGAAAUUAGGAUGGAAAUUAAUGAUAUCAAAUCAUUGGAUUCAAUCAAUCUUUCAAUCGAUUCUAUUUACGAAUGUUAGAUUGAUUUGUUUAAAUCAAAGAUCACAAAUCUUAUUUGAAGAUCAAUCCCCACGAUUUCCAGAAGAUUUUAAUACAUUAAAACCAUUUGAAGAAUUAAAGUUGAUGGAUUCUUUGAAGGAGAAAACGGUUUGGAGUAGAAAACCUCCGGGUAAAAGAAUUAAUCUUUAUAGGUUUGAGGAUAGGGAAAUGGAUUAUUUUUUUAUUAAUUGGGAUUUGGUUUUUGGGAAUGAUGAAGAUCAGAAAGAAGAAGAGAUAGAAGAAGAUUUGUUUAUACCUACUGAUCAUUUAAAGCUUCGUAAAAUCAAAACACCUUGGUUAUUGAAUGGAUUAAUUGUUUCGACUUUUUUGAAAUCAUUAAAGAGUUUAAUUGAUUUGAAUGUUCAAUUAAAGUUAAAUUAUGAAGACUUGAUGGAAAAUGGGUGGAAAUUAUUUAAAAAGAUAUGUAUUGAAAUCAAUCGAAAUGGAAAUGAAUUGAAUCCAUUGGAAUUAAGUUUAGUGAAAGUUAAAAUGGUUUUGUUGAGUGAUGAGAAUCAAAGGAUUCAUGGAAAUCGAAAUCAAAAGAUGGAAAAGUUUUGUAGGAUUUAUAGGUUUGAUGAAAGGUUUAUGAAUCAAAGAAAAGUAGAAGAAGUCAAUGGGAUUGGAAAGAUGAAAGAUACGAUGAAGAAAGAAAUGAAAUUGAUUGGGUUUUUGAAUGAUGGAAAGUUUUCAUUAAGGUUAGGAAAUUGUUUGGGAUUUGGAUCAGUUUCGUUUUUUGAAUUUAUUAAAAUCAAAUUAAAAGAUUUGUUAAAUGAGAAUGAAGAAGAAAAGAAUCGGUUUAAGAUGAAUGAAAUCAAAGUAGGGUUUAGGAAUCGGGAUGAGUUUGAAAUCAAAGUGGGGAAAUUGAUUGUGAUUGAUGCAUGAAAUGAAUGUGAAAACUAUCAGGAGUAUAAGAGAUACAUAGAGACUUUGGGAUUCUCAAAAGGUUGACCAGAUUGGGUUUGCUAAAGGGAAAUGGGUUAUAUGAUUUGUUUUUGGGAAUUCUUUGGUGAUCAUUUCUUAAGAAUACUUAUUUAUAUAUCUAUUAUGAUUUGGAUGUUGUAAAAUAAAAGUCAUUAUGAAUUGUAUUGUUUUUUUUUUUGGAUGGGUGUUGGUUAAUCAAGUUUGGUUUUCUAUUCAGAUUUAUUCAAGAAAUUGAUGUCUUGUCUAAACUUUUUUGUUUUGGUUUUCUUCAAGGUUCAUGUCAAGUUGGACGAAAUACAACCGUGGAUUAGCU